CUGCAUUUCUGAUACAUACUUAAAGCAACGUGGCCUCAAUCUCACCUAACAUACCCUUUAUUAGUUACACCACCUGAUAAGCUAAUCUUGAGUAUACGGUCAACACAACCCCAAAUGAUCAAGUGAAUUCAAACACAUACCACGUGCUCCGUUAUAAUAUCUGUUUCUCAGCCAUUCUUGUACCUCAAAGCUGUGUGAACCAGGAAAGCAAGAUGGCCCAGACGCCACAGCAACGGAAGGCAAAUGAAAAGUACGCGAAAAGCGAAGCUGCAAAGCGUGGCAAAGGAAAGACUAUAACGAAGCAGAAGCAAAACAUGAAGUCUCCGGUAUCUAUUGGGUGGGUUGGAGUCGUCAAUAGUUGUUCUUGCCUUUGCUGUCUGUGGCGGGCUUGCAUUCGAGGCUCUGAGAGUUGUUCCAGAGUUAUGGUCGGCUGCAGUCACGAUGUUCAACCGCAUGCUGGCAUAAAUUCUUGCCAAACAGUUGCUACAGAGAAGAAACAUGUAAUCGCAACUCGGGUACUGGGUUACUUGAUCUAGCACUUGUUUUGGUCUUCCGUCACUGCAUAUAUUGUACGUGAAUUGACUUCUCCCAUUGGAUCAAUUGUAUCAUAAUCA